AUGACCAUGGGUUCGCCUUCCGCCACGCCGACGGUCCGCACGCAGCUUGGCGGCGCCGUGCAACAGAACAGCGCGUUUUCCGUAACGGGUGUUCUGGAGCGUGCUUUCGCUCAGACCUUCACCGGGCUCGUCUACCCGCAAAUCUGGGAAGACCCGGUCGUCGACAUGGAUGCGCUCGAGAUCGGACCGGACGAUGCGAUCGUCGCGAUUGCAUCGGGCGGCUGCAAUGUGAUGAGCUAUCUGACGGCCAACCCGGCUUCGGUCGAAGCGGUCGACCUGUCGCCGGCCCACGUCGCGCUCAAUCGGCUGAAAUAUGCGGCGCCAAGGCUUCUGCCCGACCAUGCAGCGUUCUUUCAAUUGUUUGGCCGUGCCGAGGUGGCGGGCAAUGCAGCGCUGUUCGACGAUUAUCUCGCGCCGCAUCUCGAUGUGGAGACCGUCGAUCACUGGAACGGCCGCAAGGGUAUUGUCGGGCGCCGGAUCGAGAUGUUCGAACAGGGUUUCUACCGGUUCGGCGCGCUCGGCCUGUUCAUCGGAUGGGCGCACAGGAUCGCACGGCUGAAGGGUAUCGAUUUCUCCCGGUUCAUGGCGUGCCGCGACAUCGAAGAGCAGACGCGCUUCUUCGAAGACAAGGUCAAGCCGGCGAUCGACAGCCGCUUCAUCAAAUGGGUGACGCGCACCCGGGCAUCCUUGUUCGGCCUCGGCAUCCCGCCGCAGCAAUAUGAGGCGCUGGCGGGCGCCGCCGACGGUGACAUGCAUGCGGUUCUCACCGAGCGGACGCGAACGCUGAUGUGCGGUUUUCCGCUGUCGGAGAACUAUUUUGCCUGGGCCGCCUUCAAUCGCGGCUAUGACCCGUCCGGCGAAGGCCCGCUGCCGCCCUAUCUGCAGCGGGACAAUUUCGAGACGGUGCGCGCCAACGCGCACAAGGCAUCGAUCCGUAACCGGACGCUGACCGAUUUCCUGCGCAGCCAACCCGGUGCGUCGAAGGACUGCUAUGUGCUGCUUGACGCGCAGGACUGGAUGACCGACACGCAACUGAACGAUCUUUGGGCUCAGAUCACGCGCACUGCGCGCGCCGGCGCUCGCGUCAUCUUCCGCACCGCCGGUGUCGAGACAAUCCUGCCCGGCCGGGUGUCGGACAGCGUGCUCGGCCGGUGGCGCUAUCAUGAAGAGCGUUCCCGCAAGCUGCACGACCGGGAUCGCUCGGCGAUCUAUGGCGGCUUUCACCUCUAUACGCUGGAAGGUUGA